GGAAGGCAACGGUCGUUUGGACAGUGGAAUGCUCAGAAUAUAAAUUUCAAAACCUUCUCUUCACACUAUCAUCAGUGAGUGUUGGCGGUGAAAAUGGUGGCGAAAUACGAAGAGUCUCGCCGGAAAAGAUUGGAGGAGAACAAGAAGAGGAUGGAGGCUCUCAACCUCCCUCAGCUCUCUCAAGCUCUUCGCAACUCCCCUUCUCCCAAACCCUCUCCGCUGAAGCAAGUGAAAUCUCGCACCAUCCAGAAAGACCUCGUUGUGGUGAGGAGGUCCGGCCGUGUCGCCAACAUGCCCGCUCCUGUUUACAAAGAAAUUCUUAUUGAUAGCGUGAAGAUACCUCGAAUUAGAAGGGCUUAUACGAAUACGAGUAAGUACAGGGAUUAUUCGAAUCGGGUGUAUGCGUCGAUGGAAGACAGAGAGGAAGCUAUGGAGAAAGCUGAUAAGUUACUUGAGGAUUUAGGUUCUGAUCAUCCAGCUUUCAUCAAGUCAAUGCUCCAGUCCCAUGUCACUGGUGGAUUCUGGCUGGGACUUCCAUGCCAUUUCUGCAUUGACAACCUUCCUAAACAGGAUGAAAUGAUUACUUUGAUUGAUGAGGAUGGGGAUGAGUAUCCAACAGUAUAUUUGGCUCGCAAAAAAGGACUCAGUGGUGGAUGGAGAGGCUUUGCGAUUGCUCAUGACCUAGCUGACGGGGACGCUUUGAUUUUUCAAUUAACUAAUCGCAGUACAUUCAAGGUCUACAUUAUUAGAGUGGACAGCCCUUCAGAGGAUACAGCUUAAGUGAAUGGCACUUGGAGAUUGGAGCCAGAAAUAUUAAGGGCUUAACGUGAGCAUCUACGACAUGAGGAUUAAUUACCGAAGUUGCUGAUGGUAGUGCUACAAGUUGAUCGUCACAAUAAGUUCAUUGCAGUUAUGACAAUUUUCAAUGAUGAUUGGACAUAUAAGAAUUAUUUUGAAAAUUAAUAACCUGUAGUCAAUAAUUUGCUAUACUCUCAAAAUUAUCAAUGAAAUUUGACGUCAUUAUGAGAA